AUGUGGCAACCUUUGCAGGUUAUAAAAGAUUUCUCAGGAUGUCUUGGUGUACUAUUGAGUCUGAUCCUGGCUGAACAAUCAAUCCUUUUAAAGACCUAUGGAGAUGGAGAAUGUGUACAAAUUGGUGAUAUUGACGUGCGAUCCAAUAUUGCAGAGUCAAAGGAACAGGCAUCAACAAAGCUUUCCAGCAUGGACGCUCUUUACGACUUGUCUCAUUCUAGUGGAGCCAUUGGUAUGGAGGCAAUUGUUGAGGACACAAACCUUGCAACUGCUUGCUCUGGAUCAAAUAUUUUGUCAUCCGAAUUGAAUGAUACCCAACAACCUCUUCUUAUAGCAAAAGAUUUCGCAGCCUCAAAAUCCACUGAUGAUGGACUUCAAGUCUCAUUAUCGGAUGAUGAUUUGCAAGCUUUUCCAGAUAAUCGACAGGAAGUGGAGAUGGCAAUGCUUUCUGGCCUUGAAUCACUUGAUGAAUUUUCUUUUCAGCACAAUAGCACCACUGAUGUCAGACAAGUAGGCAAGUUCCAACCUAGAAACAAGUCACAACCAAUAAAGGGAACUGCUAAAUCUGUUUCUUUUAUUCUUCCUGAUGCUUCCAUUACUGGUCCUCCUCCCAUGGGAUCCUUUUCUGAGAUAACGAACCCUUCUUCUGUACAAGCGAAGAUCGAUAUACCUGUGGACAAUCCUUUGCAUUCAUCAAUCAUAACCUCAGACUGCAAUGAAGGUGUUCAAAUAGAUCACCGAGAGGUGGGAGAAGAGAAUAGAGAAGAAAUCAGACUUCCAAAGGGUUUGGAGGAUAUUCAUACCGAGUCCCAAUCCCAAAUUGUUCAAAAACUUAAGCAGCGGAUCCAUGAAGGAAGGCCUACUUCAGAAAAUGAUGAAGAUGAUGAUGCUCAUAAACCAUGUAGGAAACUGAGAAAGAGGAUAGCCAAGUGCAGUACUGACCAAAUUGAAGUUGGAAGCAAUGAUGAACGUGAUAUUGACAACUUUAAUGUCUCUCAGAUGGAUAACAGCCAAAGUGAUGAUUGUCAUAGGGAUGAAGAUAUGCCUAGGCCAAAGAGGACCAAGAGAAAGUCAAAGAGGCAGACAAAUGAAAUCGAAAAACCCACUCGGAAGCGUAAGAAAGCCUUUGAAAAACCUGAUUCUGUUGUAGAGAAUUCACCUAAAAAGAAGUUUCCUCAUGCCACAAGGCGAAGGAGAAGGCAAGUGAACAAAGUUUUACUGCAAACACCUGAAGAUGAGAUUGACCCGAGACAGAUUAGCAUAAGAGACCUAAUAAUGCUUGCAGAAGCUAAGGAGCGUAUAGCAAGUAAAGAAGCGGCGGCAACGAGUAAAUUAUUCUCAGGUCAGAGUACUAGUUCUUUGUCCAAUAACGAGGACAUUCUUUUUGGAGAGGAUCAAGAACUGAAUCAUUCAGGUGAAGAAGCAAAUCAGAAUGUGCAAUCAACUCCCAAGAGAUUGAAUUACCAUUCUUACAUGAACCGGCCACAAACUAGUAGAUGGUCAAAAGCAGAAACAAAGUUGUUCUACGAGGCUAUUCACCAAUUUGGAACAGAUUUUGCAAUGAUACAGCAGCUGUUCCCUAAUCGCACACGCCAUCAAGUGAAACUAAAAUUCAAAAUUGAAGAACGCAAACAUCCUUCGCAAGUCCAUGAUGCUUUACUUCGUCCUUCCAAAGAUCGUACACACGUUAUGCAAGUAAUUAAGCAGCUCCAAAUUAGGGCAAAGCCAACUUCCAACGGAGAGACAGAUGGUGAUCAGGUGAAUCCAUUGCAGGAUGGCGUUGGUAAAAAGGAGGAAGAAACAAGCGGAGUCCAGAGUGACCAAGAGCAGCAGAGUGAUUGUGAAGAUGAAGUUGAGGGCCCUGAGGAGUUGGAUGAUUCGAAAGGUGAAGCCAAUAGUCCCUCGAAUUUUGAUGAGCAUCAGGGUCUGUUCGAGUGGGAUGGUGCUACUUCCCCUCAAGACACAGAAAAAGACACUCGCUGGGAGAUGUGAACCGUGGUUGGACCCCUAUCCUGCCUCUGCCUGCCUGCCUUCCCACGGAGUAUAAAUUAUGAUUGAUUAACGACUUCCUCUAUUUUAUUAUCUUCUUGAAUCAUAAUUUUAUUUCUCUCGAUGUUAUCGUGUGUUGAGAUUUGGGUUUCGUGAUGUGUGAAGGGGACAUUCGUAACUUUCCACGAUAGCAAAAUGUUUGCCUCUGGAGUUACUUUCCACGUGAAAGCUGGUUUGCGCUGCUUUUGCAGUGCCAGACGCUUGUUGGAAAUUUAAUCGAGAUAGAUACUCAUUUCUCCUUGGAA